AUGAACAAAGUAUUGUCAUCGCCAAUAAAGCAAGUGAGUAGUAAAAUAAAUUCCGGUGAAAUUCAACCCACUGAAAUAUGUAAGUCAGCAUUGAAAUUAAUAUCCUUAACAAGGCCGCUGAACGCUUACAUAAAUGUCUGUGAGGAUCUGGCCCAGAAGCAAGCUAGUGAAUCUGACAAAAGACAGCAGGACAACAAAUUAUUGGGUUCCUUGGACGGGAUCCCCAUUGCUAUAAAAGACAAUUUUUGCGUAGAAAACUAUCCGACGACUUGCGCGUCAUUCAUGUUGGCUAACUUCGUUCCCGGAUACAGCGCAACAGUUUACAACAACCUGAGAAAACAUGGAGCAGUACUGCUGGGUAAAACUAACUUAGACCAAUUUGCUAUGGGUGCUGGAACCGUCGACUCCUAUUACGGUCCAACACAAAAUCUUUGGGGCUCAAAUUUUAUGGAAAAUUACGUGUCUGAUGGUAUUGACAGUAUUCCUGUUGUUAAAAAAGCUGAUAAGAAUCAUUGGAAUAUUGCAGGAUCGGACACUGGCGGAUCAACGCGAAAUCCAGCAGCCUACUGUGGGCUAAUAGGUUUGAAACCUAGUUAUGGAUUAGUGUCUCGUCAUGGAUUAAUUCCUCUUGUAAAUUCAAUGGACGUUCCCGGCAUAUUAACCCGUAAUGUUGAUGAUUGUUUGUUAAUUUUGAAUGCGAUUGCAGGAACGGAUCAGCUCGAUUCUACCACGCUAGAUCAAAGUCUUACGCCGAUAGAAAUACCCAGUACUGAUAUCAGCGUGAGAGGAUUACGCGUCGGAAUACCUAAUGAAUAUAAUCACGCGGAAUUGAAUCAAGAGGUACACAAUACCUGGAUGGGAGUUUCUAAUUUAUUAAAGGAAGCUGGAGCUGACGUGGUGCCUGUGUCGCUUCCACAUACUGAAUAUUCGAUCGUAUGUUACUCUGUGCUAAAUCAAUGUGAAGUUGCGAGCAACAUGGCGCGCUACGACGGCAUUGAGUACGGACUGCGUGCUGAUGAAUCCAUGUCUACUGAGCGGUUGUACUCAAAGACGCGUAGCCUCGGAUUCAAUAAUGUCGUACGCAGCAGAAUAUUGACUGGUAAUUAUUAUUUAUUGUCUGAAAAUUAUAAUGAUUACUUCGUAAAAGCAAUGAAAGCCCGUCGGCUGAUAGCCCAAGAUUUUGACGCCGUUUGGAAUGAUAAUAUCGAUAUUCUCCUGACUCCGACUACGCUGUCUGACGCUCCGAUUUACAAGGACUUUAUCAGCCAAGAUAAUCAGACUCAAUGCUCGGUACAAGAUUACUGCACACAACCAGCGAAUAUGGCGGGUAUACCUGCGAUAAAUGUACCAAUUAGCUUGUCGAAAAAAGGCUUACCGCUGUCAUUGCAGUUGAUGGCGCCGUUUCUCCAUGAACAGAGAUUACUCACUGUUGCCAAGUGGCUCGAAGAUGCUGUUAAGUUUCCUAGGAUUUAUUUAAAAGAAUCAUGUUUAUAA